AUGGAGUACCCGGGACUCGCUAUUUUCCCCAUCCCGGCAUCAAUUCGGCGUCGACUGCCCCGCCUAUAUUCUUCCCGGGCCGUGCCCAAGCCCGAGUCAAACGGGGAUCAGCGCCGUGGACCGGCCUCUUUAUCCGAGCCUCAUCUACUAUGUCACAACCAAUUUUCUACACCAGUAGCACCCGAGCCCCAAAGGCCUUCCACGGCCAGCGAUGACUUGGAUUCGUUCGACUCCGGCUCCGUGGGGUCAGAUAGCCCCCGAGAGGGAAUGGGAUCCCCGACGAAAUACGAGACCGAGUCUGGCCUACGGUGGAAUCGAGUGGUGCCUGCAUUCAAUCUUCUCCGCAAUGCGGGAUAUGAAGCCCAGCAGCCACAGCCUGAUGGCCGCCUGGCUCGAUCUCUCUACGUUAAUGCUCUGGUUUAUCUUCUUGAUGCUUUACCUUCCGACUUGUCCGAUGAGGAAACUUCUAUGCUUCAGCGUCAUAUCCCAGAGCCGGUCAAAGUUGGGUUAACAACUUACGCCCCGCCGCCCGGGUAUAUGGAUGGCGCGCAUCAUAAAAUAAGCCCCCAGCCAAGAUCAUAUUUGCAUAAGAUUCUCGCCACGAUGAUUGUGCAGGUCUUCAUCCUAUUGCAGUUCCUUCUACCAUAUGCAAAGAUGUUAAUGCGCCAAUUAUAUGAGUAUGAGCGGACACAUCGCAUUACUGAGCGCAUUGUGGCUAGUACACUGGAGGCAGCUGACGGGUUGGGGAAAGGCGGUGUUAAUAUUGGAGCUGCCGUUUGUAACUUCAAUGAAGGGCGGGUUGGUACUGCUCUCUCGAAUUUCGCAGCUUGGUGGAUGGAAGGCAUAGCUGGAGGGAUAUACGAGGGAGUUGGUGAGGGGAUGGUGCAUUGGGGUCUUUUGGGGAAAGAAGCUGAUUUAGAUAGACUUCCCUUACAGGCAAUGAGUACGUAG